UAAAUUUCAGUCAGCUUUUCCUGUACACCAGAUGGUAACAUGGCAGUGAAAUGAUGACAUGGGCUUAUGUGUAUCUUACAUUCACCGAGGAACACGUUGCCCAGAAUCCCUUGCUUUUUCUCCUCCCACAGAUUAGCAACAAAGUAUACUAAUUAAUCUGGAUUAGGGAUUAGGAGACAUGGAGAGAGCAGCGUGGACAACAAGAACAAACACUGCCCACACAGACAGGCCAGACCUUUGUAAAUCCAAACACUGUGGAAUGUUUCACCUGUUUUCUCACUGCUGGCACUGGAUUCAAAUUAGGCAGGAACCCAUCAGGCCAGUGACAAUCAUUUUCUUGGGACUGGAUAAUGCCGGGAAAAGCUCAAUAAUUAGAGUGAUACGUCGAGUCCCACCAUGUCAGGUCUUGUCUUCUGCUCAUGUUGAUCCCUUCAGAACUGAGAUUCGUCUGGACCGUUUUGACCUUACUCUUCUUGAGAUGCCAGGGGGGCAAAAGAACAGGGCCAGCUGGAGGCUGUACUAUACCCAGGCUCAUGCCCUGGUCUUUGUAGUGGACGCUAGUGACCCUGGGCGCAUGAAGGAAGUGGCAUGUGUGCUUGCCAGUGUCUUGAGGCACCCAUGUGUGGCUGGGAAACCACUUCUAAUAUUGGCCAAUAAGCAGGAUAAAUCCUCUUCCCUUCUCACCAGUGAGAUCAUUGAGCUACUGUCAUUAGAAACCUUAGUGAAUGAGAACAAGACACACUGCCGAAUUGAACCAUGCUCCGCAGGGGCAGAGUUUAGCUCCCAGCAUGACUGGGGAGUAUUAAAAGCACUAAGGUGGGUCCUUCGAUCUGUUAUGCUCAGCUACCCCAUGUUGGCUGCUCGCGUGCUACAAGAGAGCUCUGAGGAGAGAAUUUUCAGGAUUCCAAGUGUAAGAGGGCCACUGAGGACACAAGAUGGCAGAAUGUUGACAGACAGCAUCUCUGACCUUGUGGAGUACAAAUCAUUUCCAGUGGGAAAGAAGAGACCUCUAAAGCCCAUUCAAAAUAUCUUAACUCAGACAGGUCAAAACCUGGGCAAAGUGAAAAAGAGAAAGAGAAAGGUGCGAGUAAAGGAGACCAACCUAAUGAAGGAAGAUGAAGAUGAUAAUGAAAUGGAGGGAAGGAAGCUGAGUGUGGAACAAAAACUGUCUCCUUUCACUAGAGCUCAAAAAUACCAAGGCAAGGGACACGGGACUGUAAUUCUGCCCCAGGACGAACAAAAGGAACAGGCAACUGGCACCAGGAAGAGAAAAAAAAAGAAAAAAGGUAUUCCAAAGAACCAAAUAAUAUCACAGGACGGGGCCACGGGAGACAUGAGUAACACUUUUGACCUGUAUCGCAGAGCAAUGCAAGCCCUGAAACUGAAACAAGAGCAACAGAGAUCAAGAUCUGUCCACAAAAGCCAAGGGGUUAACCCAAUCCACUGAAGCUCUGCAGCAACUGCAGAAAAACUACUUGUAUGCUUUUUGUGCAUAGUCUUUCUAAGUACAAUAAAUAAAAAUAUAUAAACUUGCAUGGAAAAAAGUAAUAUACAGAAUGAAAGGGAUAUAAUCCUGCAAGGGAUAGUGUGCUCUAAAAUCCAGUGGGUGAGGCCAUACACGCACCGAUAAUAUAGUAGGAAACCUCGUUUCGUAUGAUAUUUGGUGCGUGUAUGGCAAGUCGGCGAG